UACCCUUCUCUCUUUCGGGAGUCCUAGACAACCAUAGCUACAAAAUUUUCAGUCAUGAAGUUCGUGAGAGCGUCGACGCUGGUGUGUUUGGUGGCAGCUUGCUUUGCCGUGCCUGCUGACUUCGGCGCGCGGGAGGGCAAACUCAAGCCAACGCAGCUGCUCAGGAGCUACAAGGGAUUCGUCAACGACUUCUACAGGAAGAACGACGCCUAUAGACUGGAGUACAACGUGGGUGACAGCGCCCGCUUCGAAGAGCGCACAGACUCAGGCGAGGUGUCAGGCACCUACGCAUUCGUAGCUCCCGAAGGCGAUGAAUACGAAUUUAAAUAUCAAGCAAACGACGAAGGCUUCAAGGUGGAGGGCGACGCUCUGCCCGAGGCUCCCGAGGAAACCGACGACGUGAAGGCAGCUCGGGCGGCUUUCUUCGAUGCUUACGAAAAACAAUUGGAAUUAGCAGGUUCAGGUGAAGACUCAGAAGAAGAUGACGACGAAGAAUCAUCAGAGGAAUCAGACGAAAAUGAUGACGACAAUGAGGAAUCUUCAGAAGAAGAUGAUGACGAUGAUGAUGAAGAGGAAGAAGUGAAACAAGUUCCAGAAGUGAACGUCCGAGGUGGAAGUCGAGGAUUCGGAAGGCGUCGUGUUGAAAGUCCAGUUUCUCGACCAGUUGUUCGAACUGUACCUUCAUUCUUCAGAGCUCCUAGCCAGUACAGAAGGCAGUCAUAAAUUGCGAUCAAACUUAACAAUCUCACCUAUGAGACUCUAGAUUAAAAUAAUACAUCAAUUUUUCAUCAAUAUUGGAAAAUAUCAGAAUAAUCAAAACCACUGACUUCAGAGUUAGUCUUAGAUAGAAAGUAACUCUUCAACCAACGCAUACCAUUUAUUUAGUUUUUAUUUUAAUUGGCAUUUUUUUAAUGUGAGUUCUGAAAGCCAUAACAAAAGUCGUUAUGUAGCAACGAAUGGCUCCAUGAAGUUACCAGCGAUACAAAAAAUAAAAAGAUUCACAAGCACAAGACGCUGCCGCCUUGUGCAACAAAGUCAUAAGCGCCGCAGAAUCUAAGUAGGCAAGGAUUAUUGCGUUUUAAUUUUAAAAGUUUAGAUUUCGAAACCACUCGUAGCGCCUUCAUUCAUCGUCAUGGUUCUUUUCUCGAGCGAACGAAUAGCAGUAGAACGAACGAAAAAUUGAAUGAGAAUAUCGAUCGAUUUGUGUUCGAAAACGAUUAAUUUUAAGGAGGCUUAUUUUUCUGUCUGAAUGAUCAUGCCUUGGAUAUGACUGUUUCUGACAUCUCUUCUAUUAUUUAUUUCGCAUAUAUGUUUGAUUCAACCAUUAUUCAUAUGCAAGAAAAAUUAUCUUAUGAUCUAAUAUUUCGCAGUAUUAUCUUCAUCAUCGGAUGACCUACCAGAAUUGUUGUUGGGAAGAUUUUGGCAUAAUGCGAAUAUCUCCGGUAAACAAUUAAAAAUAUGCUUAUCAACCAAAUAAUUGUUUUAUGAACUAAAUGUAAUCAGGCUAAUAAUGAGCAAUCCUGAUUUUUCCCAAAAAUUUCAGAUACUUCUUAUUUUCAUUCAUUCUAUUUUUUCUCUUUUAUCUUUUCAAUUCUCUUCCUCGAUUUAUUUAAUUACUGUGCCAGCAAUUUAUUCGCUUAAGUAUCACUUAUUUCCAGUGAACGAUCGGUAAGGGAAGUCGAUUUGUUGCUAUAACUUGUGAGUUAGAGGCUAUCGAAUUUCCCUGCUCAUGAGGGGAUUUUCUUCAGUUUCGUGUAUAUAUAUAAUCUUAAGAUAAAUAACUCGUUGUUGUUACAGCAAUCAAGUCCUCAUGCUCUUGCUGACCAACUGGAAAUAUGUGUGUGUGUGUUCGUGUAGAUAUCGUAGAUUGUGUUCUAUGUGUUUUGAAUGAAAAUAAAUUAUUUAUUUCAAAGUUAA